AUGAGUUAACAUAAUAGUAAAAUGAAUCAAAAUUUUCUAUCCCAAUAAUAUAGUACCAUAAUAAUAAAUACAUAAUAGAAUCAUUCAAUUAAAUAAAUAAAAAGAAUAUUUAUAAUGAAGUCAAUAAGAUAAUUGAAUUACAUAAAAGUCAUAAUGAGCUUAAAAGUAAUUAAAUAAAUAAUUUCAUUUAGAAAUUAAGUUAAAUCAACAUUGACUACCUUAGAAAUUAAAAUAUUCUCGAUUAACAAAAGCAAAAACAAAAAAUAAAUAAAUUUAAUUUAUCAUAAAAUAUUGGACACAAAAGGACAACAUAAUCACCUAUUUCUGUAAUAUUCAUUUCAUUGAUCCAAAAAAGUAACCAUUUUAUCGAAAAUAAAAUAAAGAAAAUAAGGCAUAAUUUUUUGAUUCUAAUUGUAGAAAUCAAAAUUAAAUAUAAAAUUAAGAAUUUUCCAUGAAUAAUCUUAAAAUCAACAUAUUUCAUCAAAAGAAUUCUCUUACUAGAAUGUAUCAAUUAAUUAAAAUAAUUAAAAAUCAUUCUUACAUGAGGAUAUCAACUCUUUAGAUUUUGAUGAAAAUAAUUAAAAUGAAUAUAAAUAGCAAUUAUAAACUCAUUUUUAAUUAGCCAUUAAGUAUUUAUUAAAGGAAUGCAAUUAUUUAAUAGAAAUAUCUCAAAACAAUGAUAUUCAAAUUUAAUAUAAUGACUUACAAUAUUAAUUGGAAUAAAUGUUAACAUCAAAAAUGGAUAUUACUUAAAAUGAAAAAAAUAUCUUGGAUAAUAUAUAGAUCAAACCUUUUAAGUAUUUAAUAUUAAAUAUUAUAAAGAUAAAUUAUCUGGAUAUAUAAAAAUGAUUUAAAGUAAUGAAGUAAAUUAGCAGAAAUAAUAUAUAGAUGAUAGAUUAAAAUAAUUAAAUUAAAUAAAAACCACUUUAAUUAACUAUUUCAAUAAUUAAAAUAAAUAAAAUUCAUUAUUUCAAUAUUAAUAAUUAAGUUCUAGAAGAAACUUUAAAAAUAAUAAUGUAUAUAUUUCUUCUGAAAACAAAAAAAUGUUUUAAAUAAAAUAUUGUACAAUUAUUCUUAAUUAUUCUUGA